UGUGUGGGCCCGGGCUUAGAGCGCGUGUUACAAGAGUUCCUUGUAGCCGGCGCCUUUGCGCUUACGCGGCGCACGCUGCCCGCGUCUGCGCUGCCACUUAUGCGUAUGCUGCCUUACACGCUGCACGCCAACUUCGCUGACGUCAAGGUUCGUUACUGCUUAGAGCGCGUAGUGCAAGAGUUUCUGAUAGCCGGUGCCUUCGCGCUCACGCGGCGCACGCUGCCCGCGUCCGCGCUGCCGCUCAUGCGCAUGCUGCCUUACACGCUGCACGCCAACUUCGCUGACGUCAAGGUUCGGUUGUAUGUGAACCAACGCGUGGGUCCGGGCUUGGAGCGCGUGUUACAAGAGUUCCUUGUAGCCGGUGCCUUCGCGCUCACGUGGCGCACGCUGCCCGCGUCCGCGCUGCCACUCAUGCGCAUGCUGCCUUACACGUUGCACGCCAACUUCGCCGACGUCAAGGUUUGCUUAGAGCGCGUAGUGCAAGAGUUUCUGAUAGCUGAUGCCUUCGCGCUCACGCGGUGCACGCUGCCCGCGUCCGCGCUGCCACUCAUGCGCAUGCUGCCUUACACGCUGCACGCCAACUUCGCCGACGUCAAGGUUGGCAGCACAGUAGUGUCGGUGAGCCAGGAGAAGCUGUGGAGCGGCGCGGCCGUGGUGCUGGCUCCUCGACAGCGCGUGCUGCAGUUCGCGGAAGAUGUUUGGACGCGCGUGUGGGCCGCGCUGCACGCGCCGCCGCCGCCGCGUCUUGCGCCCGCUCAAGUGCUGGAGAAACUACGUGUCAGCCUGCAUUGCUACCAACCAGAGGCGGUGUCCCGCUGCAGCACGCCGCUGUCGCCGAGCGGCGCUGGCGGCGCAAUCGGCGCGGGCGCGGGCGGGUGGGCGCGGCGCGCGUCGGCGUCGGCGCAGGACCUGCUGCCGUUCUUCGAGCUGGACGUCUGCACUGCGAGUCGACAGGAGCACGUCAUAGCCGCGAAUCUUCGCGAAGUAAGCGUGCACCUGAUGCGGUCCGCGGGCGCGGGCGCGGGCGGCGUGGAGAGCGGCGUGCACGCGGUGGCCACGCGCUGGGCGGCGGCGCAGCUGGACGCGUCCAUGUUCACACGUUCUAUGUCUUACAUGUGCAUUCAAUUAUCAAUCUUAUUCUUUGCGAAUCUUCGCGAAGUAAGCGUGCACCUGAUGCGGUCUGCGGGCGCGGGCGCGGGCGGCGUGGAGGGCGGCGUGCACGCGGUGGCCACGCGCUGGGCGGCGGCGCAGCUGGACGCAUCUCGCACAAAUCUUCGCGAGGUGAGCGUGCACCUGAUGCGGUCCGCGGGCGCGGGCGCGGGCGGCGUGGAGAGCGGCGUGCACGCGGUGGCCACGCGCUGGGCGGCGGCGCAGCUGGACGCGUCUCGCGCAGUCCAUAAUCUUCGCGAAGUAAGCGUGCACCUGAUGCGGUCAGCGGGCGCGGGCGCGGGCGGCGUGGAGAGCGGCGUGCACGCGGUGGCCACGCGCUGGGCGGCGGCGCAGCUGGACGCGUCGCGGUCGUUGUGCCGUGCCUUGUGCCGCGCGGUGGCAGCGACGCCGGCUUCCAACCAGCAGAGAGGAUUCACUUUCAUUGACGAGAUGGAACCGAGCCACGCGUUCAUAGUGUUCAAAGUGCUCGAGCAGUACUAUUUGGCAGCUGACUCGCUAGCCUUCCCGCUGCCACAGGGCUUCAGUUCUUUCUUCACGUACUUGGGCUACCGCACGCUGCCCUUCCACGCGUUCGUCAUGUAUGUGCAUAGGAACGUGUUCGAGCUGCAGAUUGACGUCAUGAAGGCUAUUAUUGCUUCCAAAGACGACGACAGCAAAAACUCCGUGAACAACAAGCUGCGCCUAGUGCAGUUGGCAGGCGAGGGCCGCGCACGCCGCGCUCUCGGUGCAUGGCCUCAUCGCGCUGCCCUCGUGUUACGCGCAAGGGACCAUGCCGCCACGCUGCUUAGUGGAGGAGCGCCAGCUGCGAGGGAUCCUGCGCGUGCGAGACAGGCUGCGCACACCGGAAUAGCAGCACUGCCAUCUGGCGAGCGUUUAUCACCGCUUGACACAUUCCUGGACCUUCUGACAGCCAAAGCGAGCCUCAAUGAACUGGACUUCAACCUCAUCAUCGAGGCGACUCUAGCGCUGGUCCAACAAGAAACCGCGGCAUGAAGAAUCUUUAGCAUUCCAUAUUUAUCUCCACUCUUGCCAUAUCUUAAAACAUUCCAGUACAAUUACGUCGUAGGUUUUUUGUGAAGUUUAUACCAAAACGUUAUUUAUUCAUUUUAUGUACUUAAUUAGGAUAAUAGCGUAGGAUUUAGUGAUUGAGGGGAAUAUUUCAAAUGCAUGCCAAAAUAAA